AUAUUUGUUGGGAAGAUUCCCCGGGACUUGUUUGAAGACGAGCUGGUUCCUCUCUUUGAGAAGGCGGGGCCUAUCUGGGACCUGCGGCUGAUGAUGGACCCUCUGAGCGGCCUGAACCGCGGCUACGCCUUCGUCACGUUCUGCACUAAAGAGGCGGCGCAGGAGGCCGUCAAGCUGUGCAAUAACCACGAGAUCCGCCCCGGUAAACACAUCGGUGUGUGUAUAUCUGUCGCCAACAACCGGCUAUUCGUUGGCUCCAUUCCCAAGAGUAAAACGAAGGAGCAGAUCGUGGAGGAGUUCUCUAAAGUCACAGAGGGUCUCAGUGACGUCAUACUGUACCACCAACCCGACGACAAGAAGAAAAACCGCGGUUUCUGCUUCCUGGAGUACGAAGAUCACAAAACGGCCGCUCAGGCUCGCCGUCGCUUAAUGAGCGGAAAGGUGAAGGUUUGGGGGAACGUGGUGACGGUGGAGUGGGCCGACCCCAUCGAAAACCCAGACCCCGAGGUCAUGGCAAAGGUGAGCGUUAACGGUAUUCUAAAUCAAAAUGUCUCCGUUAGGCUGAUCUUACACAGGACUAAUCCCACUGUGAGUGAGUGAGUGAGUGAGUGAGUGAGAGAGAGAGUGAGAGAG